AUGUACCACAAGGACGACGACUACUUCGCACGUUUCAAUCAGCCGAGCUCUUCCUCCGUCAACUUUCCAUCAGAAUCGUCAAGAUUCGCCAGCAACGACGAGCCGCGCUUCCGCUCCCACAGCGCAGACGCACGUCGCUCCGCCUUCCAGUCCCAUCGACCAUACUCCGAAGAUCACGAUCCUUAUUGGGCUUCUUCUGGAGGCACAGCCAACGUCACUUUUCCGUCUACGAACCACCAUCGCCAGUGGCUGCAGCCUGAACCAGCGUCUCAGUUUAACAACCACGCCCAUAACUUCGGCGAGCACUUGCGUGAGAGGUCGCCUGCCAGCGGUUCAGCGCUUCUCAGCUUGCUCUCUCGCUACCCAUCAGCUCAGCAGGCCUACCUCGAGCGUGUUCACACAGCUUCGCCAAGGCCGGUCACUACCGUAACCUACGAACCUGUCAAAGAUUCACGUUUCCCACUUAUCGAAUAUUCUGUGCCGAGCUCUGAUAACACCACACAAAGACGUUUUCACAGUGAGUCUCGUGGAUUCGUCAACAGAGAUUUCAACACGCCGACAUUUGGCCAGAACCACACGUUUUCUGUCACUAACCGGCAAAUUGACAACGGUCCCACGCAACGCUUCGAGCAAACCACUUUUUACAACACCUCAAAACCUGACUCAUCAAACCUCGACUUCAUUGCCGCCGCACUUCUGGAUGACAACAUGAGCCGCAGCACGAAUGAGUGGAGCAAGUCUUUCGGACAACUGCAGAAUCGCUUUCAAAGCGUCCAGCCAGAUGAGUCGACGUCAAGUUUUGCUUCUUCGGGCUCAUCAACUCUUCCCCGGAGAACUCAACCUUUGAUGAAAUUUUCGAGCAAUCAUGAGAUGAAUGCAUCUUUGUUAGGUCAGGCUGUAGAGAGAAGGGCAGCAGAAGCUCCAGAACCUAGAAGAUCUGGAGCAUUAGAUCAAUUCUGGUCUCAAACAAUGAGCCAAAGACCAAGCUCACCAACCAUCCAACGGAUCCCAUCAAGUUUGACUGCCGCUGAAAGACUUCAGCUGCUGCAUGAGCCAAUUGAUGGUGAACCACGACCUCCGCAACGAGUCGGCAGUGGACAUGCGGUGGCCGCCCGCAGAGCACAGCUGCUCAAUGAAAACAACAUUGGGUCACAUCCGGAAAAACCAAGGACUCCUCUCAAUCCAUCAUUCCCGUCUAAUUCAUUUCUUAUUCCAAACUUUAACGAUCUUGAUAACGCUGUCCACGAGCUGAGCGAAGCAAGGACGAAGACAAGUCCAAUUAUUUUUGAUUCCGGAAAACGAGUAGGAGGAUGUGCACGUUUCCCGACAGGAGAUCAUGCCCUGAGCCCGCCACCAGUAAACAUUCCAGUGAGGGUUCAGCAACAAGUUCAACAGCAGCCUAGAAAAGUUCGCUCUCCCUCCCCAACUGAGUCAAACAGCGACAGCUCUUCUGUGUAUCAGAUUCCCACUGGCUUGCCGCAUCCAAAACCGAAACACAAUGUUAAAGAACAACUUCAUCAGGCUGGAAUUCAGACUAACAGUUCAUACUAUCCGCAACGUCACAUCUACAGAAACGCUCCCAACUUCCCGGUCCCAACAACUGGGAGCGUCGCUUCUCGGAUAACCGAGUUUGAGAGACGACCUGGAACUCCAAUUGUCCAGCAAACGACUUCGAUUCGCUACCAAGAGUCUAUGCCAACGACGAACAAUGGCUCGAUGAGUCCACGCAGCGCUGUCUUCAGGUCCAAGCCAGUCAUUCACGUGGACUUCGGUUCUGCGCAGCACGUGUCUGCUCCGCCGCCACCUCAGAAUCUAAGCCACAGCUCGACGCACUCGAUAUUCAACUUGACAUCAAACGUGAGUUUCCGUUAUUUCUUUCGGAAAAAAAUAGAAAAAUUAUCAAAGAAAAUGAGUUUCUUGACUCAAAAUUUUGAGCUUGCGCGAAAUUCGGAAAAUUGAAACAGUAGAAUUUCUCGAUACACAUAUUUCUUUCAAGAGAUCCUUGAAGCAAAUAUUUGUUCGUCUCUGUUUCAACUUUGUUCGAAGGUAAAACUUAAUAUGAGAAUAUCUACGAGGUGGAAAAAAAAAUUGUAGUCUUAAUUCUGUGCGAAUUUUCGAUUCCACAGAAAUACAUUUAAAAUCGGAAAUUAAACUCAUUACUGCAAAAAUAAGGUCCCUGAUGACAAAAAAUGGCCAGCGGAGUUUAUCGGGUUCCUGUGGACUGGAGCUUGUUUAUUUUGGACUCUUCGAACGUUGUCGGCUCUCAGAGAGACCAUGUCUUAUCAUUAUGUUCUUUUGCAUUCACUCUUUGCUCAGCGGCUUUUGGCUCCCGAAAAAAGGUCCACCGAGCCUCUGCAAAUUAUUCUCUUUUUUCCCACUUCCUCACUGAGAAAAGGUUAUUAGAAAGUGUGUGUGGGAAGAACCGCCUCGGGCGGAAGAGGACUUGCGCCUAGUUCGUCUGAGCUGAUUAUUGCAAAAUUCGGAUUUGGAGCAUCAUUUUUUUAUUGGUAUUUAUUCCAUGUGCUGCUCAAAUUGAUUUUUUUUUUGUAAAACGGACAUUUUGAGUUAAUUUGGCAAACAUCGAAUUUCUGGAAACAGUUUUCCGCUUUUAACUAUACAGGACAAAUUAUAGACCAUUAACAUUUUUCGAAAAAUUCAUGGACAGCUUCUUUCAAUGAAAUGAAAAUUAGUUAUUUAGCGGAAAUGGAAAACUUUUUUUUGUAAUCGAAAGUACAAGAAUUUACUUUUUGGUUGUUUUAGCGCUCUUCUCAGUCUCGGGAGAAAAUAAGGAACCGUUGA